AUGAGUCUUCCAAAAGGUACAAAAAGAUCAAGAGAUGUGUGGCUUGAAAAGGAAACUUACAUGAUGCUGGAAACUUUUAUUAUAUACAAGGACAUCCUCAAUGGAGCAUACUCAUCAACAGUGACCAAAGAACGGAAGAAUUCAUUGUGGAAGGAAAUAACUUCAGUUAUUCACAAUGAUCACCCUGAGUGUACGGAAAAAACACAAGAACAAGUUGAAAAAAAAGGGAAGAACUUUAUGGCAGCAGCACGAGUGGCAAUUCGAAACUACAACAACGGCUUAACCGAGACAGGUGGUGGCCCUUUGGGUGAGGAUGGAAUAUUGCGUCCAAUCUAUCAAAAGUAUUACGAGGAAGUUUUGGGCUUACACAACCCCGCAGUAUCUGCAACAGCCAUCCCAGGUGCUAUUGACACCGAUGACUUAACUGUUGUUGCUAAGAACGCUGUUCUGCAACAACAAAUUGUUUUAGCCAUCACUGGAAGGUCUGAUCAACCAACCGAAGAAGUUAUAUCAAAUGAAACCUUAAUGGAAUCGUCUGAAAAUAAUCGACUGGUUGCUACGCAUUAUUCUGAAGAGCAGUAUUACGUCAUGGAUCAAAGUGGUUCCUCAGCAGGAAGCCCAAUGCCCCCUACUACAUUGACGAGAUUGGAAAUUGAAUGUGGGCCUGCCAUCAAUAUGGACAAAGGAAAGACAUUGAAGAAAAAGAGUAUAGUCGCCGAACGGGCACUUUUCCGUAGAAGUAGUUCAUCAAUCAGCAGACCAAGCACACCCUUAACAUCACACUCUUCGCCAGAACAAAAAAAAAACUGGAUGGCCACUGUUGGAUACAUGUAA